AUGAUAACUGUUUGUGGGAUUGGAUUGCUCAAUGCGUCGGGCUCUACGGAAAGAAAAAAUGGAGCUGAGUCAUCUGUAAAUCGCAAAAACAUAAAUCAAAGUGAAUGUGAUUAAACAAUAAUUAGGAAAUAAAACUAAUUCGAGUAAACAUUGGUUUAAUAGAUGAGUGGUCAAUCCGGUGAUUCAUUUUUAAAUGCAAUUAAGAUGCUAAGUGAUUUGGUGAUGUGCGCUUAACGCUCUGUGAUGGGGUGUGGUCAGAGUAAAAUUAAUCUCUACCCGAGACGAAACAAAAAUGGCGGCAAAGGAAACAGUGCCAAAAAGUCAGGCGCUGCAGACAAAGACGCUGAUGAGGAAGAGGGUCCGGCUGGAGCGCACCCUGACGACGCGCUGGCCGACGCCGAGCAAAGCAAGCACAUCCUGCCACUCACCAACCAUCAGCCUGCCAUUGAAGUUUCGGCGAGCCAACAAGAUUUCUUCAAAAUGCUGGACGACAAAAUUGAGAAUGGCAGAGACUACGAUUCGUCCAGCGAAACGGAAAUCCGAAUAGAACAUGAACGGCGCAGGAUAUUAAUAGAACAAUGGCGCUCAGCUUCCAUGUCGACACAUUCCUCACAGUCGCAGCCAUCGCCGCCCACUCCAGCCAGGAGGAGAGGGCCCAGAAUGAUACCAGCGCCGCCGGAGCGACAAGUCAACAGCCCUGGCUCCAGCCGCAGGUGCUACCGACAGCCACACGUCAUGGACAGCUUCUCCCCACCGCCGCGAAGAGCCCACAGCGCACAAUCCCACCAUCCACCAGACCCGAGACAACUCAACGGGGACAACUGGCAAGACCCCACUAAAUCACCGGUCAAGAGACCGCAAAGCGCAGGCGCUAACUGGAAAAGCAACCCUAAAGUGGUUCCUUACAACCAAAAGCCUAAGAAAAACGAAGCUAAUGAACACAAGGCUAACCAUAAAGAGGGCGAGGCUCAAGGGCUGGGGCAAGACAUGUCACAGAUUACGUACAAUCCUACAUUCCAAACACACAGUCCAGCACACUCAGCUAAGUCCCAGCAGCCGUACAUCGCUCAGAUCAUAAGCUACCCGAUGUCACAACAGGUGACGCCGCCAUCACCACCGAAAUAUAUCGCACCGCCGGAAGAGUACCAGGACCCUCAGAACAAUGUGACAGACAACAAGUUCAACCCUCAAACUCAAAAGCACUCGCCGGUCACACAAGUCCACACUCAAUCUCAUAUCUACUACAUCCACGGUAACACGACAGCGACGAUGGCGCAGGAUAUAGUUCAGCAGAGGCAACAGACGGCCAUGCACCUGCAGCAAUACGUCGCCAUGAAGCAAGCGCAGCAACAGAUGUUUACAUAUUUGCAACGAAGUCCACACACGGUGUUCCCCAAUGUUGAGUACGCGCAAUGCCCCACACCGAACAGGACGUAUGAGGGUGAGGAGUUUGUGGGUCAGUAUGGACAUCCAGCGAUGAGGCCGCACAGUGCGCCGCCUCCUGUAGGCGUGGUGCGGCCCAUGCCAGUCGCGCCUGGCUUCAGCCCCAUACCAGAUGGGGCGCAUGUGGUCCAAGUGCCGAUGUGGACGCACAUGGCUCCCGUCGUGUCCACAAUGGGCCCGUGGGUCCCGGGCCAGGCUACCGCCGAGAUGCAGUACUACCCGCAGUCGCAGUUCACGCCAAUGUACCGGCCGAACUCCGCAGGCUCCGCGGGGACGCUCACCCGGUACCAGAAGAAGGAACCAAGUGAUAGUGAAGUGAAGAAUAACGUGUGCCAAAGCAUAAAUCUAGUCAGGCAGAAGCCGAUAGGUCAGAUCGUCUCGAUACCGGGGCAGGAGUUGACGGUGUGCAACAAUGUGAGUGACAGUCCGAGUCCGGCAUCGGUGAGCACGGACAGUGGCGUGUCCCCGGGGAACAGCGUGCCCAGCUCCAAGAACUCCAUCUUCAGCGCGCCGCCGCCCAGCACCGCCGACGCGUUCAACCUAGAAAAUAAGAACAAAAAAAAUAAAACUGUACAACAACCUAGAUCUCUGAAAAAUUCGAAAAGUCUAGAUUCUUAGUGAACAAGUUUGUAAUUAUGUAGAUUUUCUAAGUGUACGUAGAUAUUAGUCGGUAUGGCUAUGUAAAUUAUAGUAAAUUAGAUUCCAAAGUGCUUAUAAUUAAGAUGCGAUUUGAGUUAUCUCCUGCUGUGGAACAAUGAUCGCGGAUAGCUGAUAGUGACGUCACGACUGUAUAUAAUACGUGACGUGUUGCUUAGGUAAGAAACUCAUGGGCAGAUCAUAAUAUGUGCCAGUAUUCAUACACUUUAAAAAACGACUGAAAUUCUACUGCAAAGUGCUUGUGUUGCGAUCGAACGCGACAUCAAACUGAUUCCAAUCGAUACUAGCAGACAGACAGAAGGGUCGACCACCCUUCCAUAUUUAUUUACAUAAAAACUUUUUACAACUCACAUUGAACCACAUCCCUUACGAACGAUUAACUUUCUUCUCUUUUGUGCAUUUACAUUUUAAAUUCACUUAUUUUUUUAUUUAUUUCAUGUCAGUGUUCUG